UCUGUCUGUCCCUCCAACACACUGCUCUGCCCCUGAUCCCCACCAGCCUUUCUCUCUCUCCUUGCCUCUAUCUCUUCUAGGUUGGAUGGGCCCCCAUGAGCCUCUGAAAGAGACCAGGUUGAUAAGGCUUUUUCCUGCUGUUGUUUAAAGCAGGACAAUAUUUGAGGGGGUGGAGACACACUGAAAGGUUGUCUGGACCAUAGGACUGAAUGUUUGACGGCGGGUUCCAGGUGUCCUAGGGGCCUAAUAUUUUCAAGAUUCCCCAGUGGGGGCCAUGAUCACCAACAAAGAUAAAAGCAAAGUUCGCCCACCUAAGGACAGCAUGACCCUCUUGCCUUGCUUCUACUUUGUGGAGCUUCCUAUUGUGGCCUCCUCCAUAGUUUCCCUGUAUUUUCUGGAGCUGACAGAUGUUUUCCGCCCAGCGCAGGGUGGGUUUCAGUGCCAUGACCGUGCACUCUCUAUGCCAUAUGUGGAGAGCAAUGAAGAGCUCAUCCCCCUUCUUAUGCUUCUUAGUCUUGCAUUUGCUGCUCCAGCAGCAUCCAUCAUGGUUGGAGAAGGUGCCUUGUACUGUAUUCAGUCCAAACUGAAAGGUCGUAGCAGCUCCGAGGGGAGUAUCAAUGCUGGAGGAUGUAAUUUUAACUCAUUUCUGCGCAGAACUGUUCGCUUUGUGGGAGUUCAUGUCUUUGGGCUAUGUGCCACUGCGUUGGUCACUGACAUCAUUCAGUUGGCCACUGGAUACCAUGCCCCCUUCUUUCUAACUGUCUGUAAACCCAACUAUACCCGGCUGGGUACUACAUGUGCCACCAACCCUUACAUCACUCAGGAUAUCUGCACAGGGAAUGAUCAGCAUGCCAUCCUGUCUGCAAGAAAGACGUUUCCUUCCCAGCAUGCCACUCUUUCUGCUUUUGCAGCUGUCUACAUUUCAAUGUAUUUUAACUCCAUCAUCUCUGACAGUACGAAACUCUUGAAACCGUUGCUGGUCUUUACGUUUUCAUUUGCGGCUGGAGUGUGCGGUCUGACACAGAUCACACAAUACCGCAGCCACCCUGUGGAUGUAUAUUCAGGAUUUCUCAUUGGAGCAGGCAUUGCAGCUUACUUGGCUUAUCACGCGGUAGGCAAUUUCCACUCUUCCACUGAGGAACCCUCCAUCAGUCCUCCUACUAAAGAUCCUCUGCGAGCUUUAACGCAACGUGGCCAUGAAUCUGUAUACCAUCAAAAUAAGUCAUCAAGUACUGAUGAGCUGACUCCAUGUCCAAGAAGCCAGGAAUCCCAUCGUCAGGUUCCACGUGAAAAAAACUCUCUAGGUAGCCUAAAACGAGCCAGUGUGGAUGUAGAUUUAUUAGCCCCAAGAAGCCCAAUGGGUAAAGAGAAUAUGGUGACCUUCAGUAACACCCUCCCUCGAGUCAGUACUCCAUCAAUGGAAGACCCUGCCCGUCGUCACAUGACCAUUCAUGUUCCCACAGAGGGUUCCCGCACACGAAGUACAGGCCCUGAAUGGAAACCAAAGCCAAUGGAAGGGAGGACUCUGACCCUUGGUGAAGAGGUAGCCUUAGCCCAGGCUCAUAGGCGAGCUCUAUCUGAGACUUCAGGCAUCGCCCUUGAUGAUCCAGAACCUGAACGGGCACCCCCUUCACUUUAUCCUACUGUUCAAGCCAGGACAGGAGGUCCUCGGGUUGUUAUUCAGCCACGUCCAGCAGUACCACCCCUUCUUCACAUACCUGAGGAGAACCAGGGGGGUUCCCCUAAAGGCAGUUCUGCCAUAAGAGCUAAAUGGAUGAUGAUGGCAGAGAAAGGAGGAGUACCACGGGCGUCUGCUAAUGCCCCAAGACUUAUGCAGGUCAUUGCUUUGUCCAAGCAGCAACAGCAACAACAGGCAAAUGUGUUAGGUGCUAGUACCCCUAAGCAUUCAGAAACCUCUUCCUCUUCCACAACAAGUAGCUCAGAUUCCUCCCAAUAUCGUUCACCGUCAGAUCGGGACAGCUCCAGUAUUGUUACUAUUGAUGCACAUGCACCACAUCAUCCUGUAGUUCACCUUUCUUCAAAUAAUGGACCUUGGGAGUGGAGGGCUGGGCAAAACACUGGGGAGAUCCAAGAAGGAGCUGGGUAUGAUAUAAGCAAGGAUUUCCGUAGCUUCAGGGCCUCCAAAGGUGCUUGUGUGUCCCCUGGCUCCUCCAUUAGUGACCUAGAGCAAGAUCCUGAGCCACGCUAUGGUCCUACAGUCAAUGUGGCAGGAGGAGUUCCUACUCCCAUUGUAGCAGAAGUGAUUAGUGUUUCGUCCAGUCGUGAGGCCAGCCUCAGAAGGAAACCUCAGUCAGCUGUAAGAGAGGGAAGUGAAGAAGGAGAGGAACCAUUCUACAAAAGGCUUCAAAACCAGAGGUUCAAGGAGUGAGCUACAGGGGAGAUGGAGAUGUAUAUAUAUGGCAUGUUUUAAACAAAAAGAAAACACUGAAGACAUCUGCGGCAAAAUAUAAAACACUGAUAUCACUUAUUUAUAUCAGUGUAGCACUGGAACUUCAUGGAAAUGAUUCAGCACUAUGAAUUUACACAGAAAGCGUUAUUCUACUUUGAUGUACGUUGAGAAUGCAAAUUUUAAAUUCUUGUUGCUGGGCAACCUUAAAAAUGGAACUGUGAAGGUCUUGCAUCUGUUUUCCCAGAAAGAGACUCCAUACAUCACUUUUAUUGUUCAAUCAGCAAUGUUUGCAAUCAUUUAACAAACAAUGGCAAGCACAUUUAGUGACACGUUUCUCUGUGUAAAUCAAGGUGGCUAAAACGAAGGCCAACUGGCAGAGGAAAAAUAGUGCUUGUGUUGCACAAAGAAUACAUAACUGUAAAUAGUUUUGGGGAAAGCAAAAAAAAAAGAAAAAAGAAAAAAAAAAAAGAAAAAAGCAUGAAUCCCUGGGGAUGGGGUUAGAGGAAUGGAAACAAGUGAUAGGAUUAAAAAUAAUAAUAAUAAUAUUACAUACUACAUAGGAUUAAAAAGGCCCCUUGCUAUA